UGGCGGCGGCGGGCGGCGGCGCUGCUCCGUGCCGGGCUGGCCGCACUCCUCUGCGUCCUCCAUGUGCAGGCUGCUUGUCAGGAUGCCAGUGUCACGCAGGAGCUUCUGAAAGAGGGGUUUCACAGGGACCUGCUGGUGAAGGUAGAACUUGGUGUAUUGGGGAAGGAUGCAGGAGGAUGUGCAGUGGCAGCCAGAACUCGUCUUCCACCAGGAAUCUAUGUGGAUCCCUACGAGCUGGCAUCGCUGCAGCGACACAAUUUAACAAAGGUGGUGUUAAUUCCUGAUGUCGUUGAUGUGGAGGCUCCUGAGUACUUAGCCACAGGUCAUCUUGUUCUCCUGUACAUGGAACCCGACCCUCAGUGCUCUCGCUGUUUUAGAGCUGCUUUGCCAGUGCAUGGGCGGUACCACCGGCCAGCAGAAGAGACUGAGGAAGCGUUGGUUGUUCUGAAGAGCCCAGAAGUACUGGUCUGCUGCUGUGACAAUGGCCUCUCAACAGCGUGUUGGAAGCCUGCUGCAGUGGAAGCUCCCUGUUCAGGCAAAACCGAUGGCCCCUGUCAGUGGUACAGCGUAAUGCACAAACCUGUGUAUGAGGAAUUGAUUCUACAGGUUCCAGUGGGGCUCAGGCAACACAGUUUGUUGGUGUGUGUCGUGACUCUUCUUGCCACGGUGCUCUGUUCCAGUCUGAUUCUUGCAGCUGUAUGCAAAUAUGGACACUUCUCCCUGGUGACCUGCUCAGAAUAAAGAAAUACGGAAUGACUGACCUCCAUCCAGCAAAACCGACUGAA